GUGACAUGGACAGCUCACUGGAAAAUACAACUAUUUCUGUAUCCAAAUGUUCUUUAGAGUCAGAAUUUACUGAAAGUGGAAGAGAGAACAGCAUCAGAUCUAGUGAUUUCCUACAAAGUUUUAAAGACUGGGAUUGUUUUGAUGAUGAGCAGGAUUCUUUUUGUGAUUCAAGUCAUCUAGAAACAGAAGAAAAGACCAUUAAUUGCUCUGGAACUGAUGCAGUUCAAAAUACAGCUAUAUAUGUGGGAACAGGCAGCACCUUACCAUCCCAUUUGGGUGCAAAUACACAAGAAAAUAGUGACCAAAAUAUUGCCAAUGGUUUACUAAGGAAAAUGGUGAGUGGAACUGGUGCUGAAGCCUGCAAUAGUCAAGGCUUAAUACCACCUCACAUCAGUCAAAUUUAUGAUGAAUUAUUUGUCAUACAUCAGAAGCUCCAGAGAGAAAGUUCAGCACAGCAGGAGUAUGCUCUGCAACUCCAGAAACGAGAGCAUUUUCUCACAGAGCGAGAAGCAUUGCUUUUUAGACAUGAAGCAGCUUUGGCUAAAAUAAGAGGUGUUGAGGAAGAAGUUCACACAAAGUUUGGAAUUAUAAAAGAGCAACACGAGGCAGAAGUUAAACAGCUGACAGAAGCCUUGAGAGAAAUAACUAAAGAAAAUAGGAGACUGAAGUCAUCAUUUGACACCUUGAAGGAAAUGAAUGACUCUUUAAGGAAACAGUUAAAUGAUGUAACUGAGCUGAACAAGAAGUUGGAAGGUCAAGCAAGAAAAGUACAAGCUCGUUUAGAGAAUCUACAAAGGAAGCAUGAAUUUUUAAUGGUACAGAAGUCUAAGGAUAUAUGUCAAGUGGUGCAACAAAGUAAACCUGUCAAGCAGGAAAAAGUGAUCGUAACAUCAAAAAUUGCUAAGCUACCGUUGAAUUCACAAGUUUAUGAGCUCUUAACUUUUCUUAUGGAUUGGAUCUCAGACCAGCACCUUAGCAAAAUAAAAAUACAAGAAGAAAGAGAGGACAGUCAUAAGCUUCUGGUUACCCAGACCUCCAAAAAAACCUGCACCCAGGAAAGGUGUAUGAAGCUUUUGCCUAUAGCUACUGAGCAACUCCAGUGGAUGCCAUUUGUGAAUCCUAAACUACACAUGCCUGUGAUUAAAUUUAUUUACUGGUCUAUAAGACAGCUAGACAGUGGUAUUCAG